AUGAAUCGAGUAGCAGCCCUUCACGAUGCUCCCCUCCCCCAUUCACCCAUAGUAUUGGUGGCGCCAUGUACCACCACCCUGCUCUCCGUUCGAGCUGCUCGUUGCGCGCCGCCGACCGAGGGAGGGAGGGAGUACCCGCCCGCUUCUCUUGCGUGCUCCCUCCUCGUUGGUGCGCGCAUGUUAGAUCAUGAUGAUGGUGAUGAUGAGAACGACGACGAUGAUGAUGAUGUGGUGUUGGACAGCCGCAGCUCUCCUCCUCCUCCUCCUCCUCCUCCCAAUCCUGAUUUGGUGAAGAGUGUGGGACCAUGGCAUCGCAUCAUUACCGGGUUGAGGAAAGGCCCAGGGUCAGGCGCAUCGUCUGCCAUUGAUUCGAAUCUGACCAGGGGCCAGGCUGUGGCCGGUUCCAGCCUGGGAAGCUUUUUCCCGCCGCCCGCCGCCCUCGAGUCGAUCCCCCAUCAAUCCAUCAAUCCAUCAUUCAAUCCCUCUAUCAAUCAUCAGAACACAACCACGCCUGCACCUGCCCGCCCAUACAUACCAGUCCUACCACCCACCUUCUUCACCUCCUUCUUCCUCCUCGAACUUUAUCCACCAUUCCUGAAUACAACCAUGUCCACAAAUCUCUGA